AUGGCAUCCCUCCCCGUCCUGCAGAAGGAGAGAGUGUUCAAGUCGGGAGCACAGGCCUACAGAAUCCCUGCUCUGCUCUACCUGCCGCAGCAGAAGACUCUGCUGGCCUUCGCAGAAAGGCGCAAGAGCAAGAAGGACGAGGACGCAGAGCUGAUUGUCCUGCGCAGGGGAAGCUAUGAUGAGUCCACCCACCAGGUCCAGUGGCACGCUCAGGAAGUGGUUAACGAAGCCCAGCUGGAAGGCCACCGGUCCAUGAACCCAAGUCCCUUGUAUGAUGAGAACACGGGGACCCUCUUCCUCUUCUUCAUUGCCAUCCCCAGGCACAUCUCUGAGCAACACCAACUCCACACCAGGGUCAAUGUGACGCGGCUGUGCCAAGUCACCAGCACUGACCACGGCAGGUCCUGGAGCCCCACCAAGGACCUCACCACCUCUGCCAUUGGCUCGGCCCACGAGGAAUGGGCCACCUUUGCGGUGGGCCCGGGGCACUGUCUGCAGCUGCACAAUGAGGCACAGAGCCUGGUGGUGCCAGCCUACGCCUACCGGAAAAUCCGUGCCCACGGGAGGCCCAGCCCCGCCGCUUUCUGCUUCAUCAGCCACAACCACGGGCUCACGUGGGAAAGAGGCAACUUUGUGGCCCCGGAAACCGUGGAGUGCCAAGUGGCUGAGGUCGGGGGUGCAAAACAGAGGAUGGUAUAUCUCAAUGCUAGAAGCCCCCGUGGGGCCAGGAUUCAGGCCGAGAGUGUUAACGACGGGCUUGAUUUCAGGGGGGCCCAACUGGUACAGAAGCUUGUGGAGCCUCCCCAUGGCUGCCAUGGGAGUGUGAUCACCUUCCCCAGCCCCAGAGAGGGGUCAGGACCCUCAGACAAGUGGCUGCUCUACACUCACCCGACUGACCCCCGGCAGAGAUCCAACCUAGGUGCCUACCUCAAUACACGGCCCCCGGCCUCUAACGCCUGGUCCCAGCCGGCCCUGCUGGCUGAGGGCAGCUGCGCCUACUCAGACCUUCAGAGCCUGGGUAUCGGCCCCGAUGGCUCACCCCAGUUUGGGUGUCUGUAUGAAUAUGAUAACUAUGAGGAGAUCAUCUUCCUCAUGUUCACCCUGAAACAAGCCUUCCCAACUGAAUUUUUGGCUCAGUGA